CUGUCCUAACAUCCGUCUUCCGGUUUUGGACAACAUGGUUGUAGAGGUGUAGCAGUUAGCAUUUGCCUGAUUAUUUGCGUCUACUUCGGCUGUUUUGCGUCGAUUUGACAUCUAUAUUUAUAGCGUGCUUUAUUUAUUUAUCAACUUACCAGCCCAGCAGGCAAAAUGAAUAUACGCAACGCACGGCCAGAAGAUCUGAUGAACAUGCAGCACUGUAACCUGCUGUGUCUCCCCGAGAACUAUCAGAUGAAGUAUUACUUUUACCACGGCCUCUCCUGGCCUCAGCUGUCAUACAUAGCAGAAGAUGAAAAUGGGAAGAUCGUUGGAUACGUGUUGGCCAAAAUGGAGGAAGAUCCCGAUGAUGUGCCUCAUGGACACAUUACAUCACUGGCAGUCAAACGCUCUCACAGACGUCUUGGAUUGGCUCAGAAACUUAUGGAUCAGGCCAGCAGAGCCAUGAUUGAGAAUUUCAAUGCCAAAUAUGUCUCUUUACAUGUCAGGAAAAGUAACCGGGCCGCCCUUCACCUGUACUCCAAUACACUAAAGUUUCAGAUCAGUGAAGUAGAACCCAAAUAUUACGCAGAUGGAGAAGAUGCUUACGCUAUGAAGAGAAAUCUCACACAGAUGGCAGAUGAGUUACAGAAACCUGGUGUUCGUCUGUGGGGUUCAGAGGCUCCGCCAUCUCAGGACACAACUGUGACCGGGCUGAUGGAGAAGCUAACAGUACAGGAUGGAGAGAAGGAGGGAGAUGGAGACAGUGGAGGAGAGAGUAAAGAGAUGAGUGAGGUUAGCGAGGCCACGGAGAGCACAGAUGUCAAAGACUCUUCCUCAGACUCUUAACUCCUCUCUUACAUAGCUUUUAGGUUUCAGAUUGGUUUACAGUGUUCUGGUUGCUUUAUUUUCAAAAUACAGGAAAAGAGGUUUUGUGAAUGUGGUUUAUGAGAUUUGCGAAUAAAAUGGGAGAUUUAU